GAUGGCGGCGGCGACGACGACGACCCCUGGCAGGCAGGCCUGGCUUUUUUCCGAAGCUCCGCCCCCGAGACCCCCUCCGGCAGUCCAGGGCGUGGCCUGGGCUCCUAAGGGGCAGAAGGGCGGUGGCCGGGGCGCUCCGCAGAGCUGCCAGGACCCAAAAUGGCUGCGGCGGCUCUUGGAAGCCGGGAGGGAGGGGGUCACUGGGGCUGCUUCCGGGCGCGCGUGUUCCGGGGCGGUGUGGCGAGCGGGGCCGCGGCCUGGGGCGGCGUCUAGGGGGGCCGCCGGGGCUGUCUGCGAUGUGGCCGCUUCCGGCCGUGCCGCUGCUGGUCAACCUGGUGGGCUCGCUGGCGGGCCUGGCGGCGACCGUGACGCUCAUCCCCGCCUUCCGGGAGCACUUCGUGGCCGCCCGCCUGUGCGGCCUGGACCUCAACAAGGCCUCCCGCCAGCCCGUCCCAGAAUCCCAAGGGGUCAUCAGCGGUGCUGUGUUCCUGAUAAUUCUCUUCUGCUUCAUCCCGGUGCCCUUCCUGAGCUGCUUUGUGGAAGAGCAGUGCAAGGCAUUCCCGCACCAUGAGUUUGUGGCAUUCAUUGGUUCUCUGCUGGCCAUCUGCUGCAUGAUCUUCUUGGGCUUUGCGGAUGAUGUGCUCAAUCUGCGCUGGCGCCACAAGCUUCUUCUGCCCACCAUGGCCUCCUUGCCCCUGCUGAUGGUCUACUUCACCAAUUUUGGGAAUACCACCAUUGUGGUGCCCAAGCCAUUCCGGAUGUUGCUGGGCAUGCACUUGGACCUGGGCGUCCUGUAUUACGUGUACAUGGGCAUGCUGGCUGUAUUCUGCACCAACGCCAUCAACAUUCUUGCUGGGAUAAAUGGGCUGGAGGCGGGGCAGUCACUGGUGAUCGCCGCAUCCAUCAUCACUUUCAAUAUCAUAGAAUUAAAUGGAGACUUCAGAGACGACCACACUUUCUCUCUCUACUUUAUGAUCCCUUUUUUCUUUACCACGUUGGGGCUGCUGUAUCACAACUGGUACCCAUCCCGGGUGUUUGUGGGGGACACCUUCUGUUAUUUUGCUGGCAUGACCUUUGCUGUGGUGGGCAUCCUUGGGCAUUUCAGCAAGACCAUGCUGCUCUUCUUUAUCCCACAAGUGCUGAACUUCCUCUACUCGCUGCCUCAGCUCUUCCACGUCAUCCCCUGCCCACGCCACCGGGUGCCCAGAUUUAACUGUGAGACCGGCAAGCUAGAGAUGAGCUACUCCAGAUUCAAGUCCAAGAGUCUCUCUCCAUUGGGAGCCUUCAUCCUCAAGAUGUCUGAGCAUCUCCAUAUUGUUGAUGUACAUCAGUGUGUGGACAAAGAUGGCGAAUAUGUGGAGUGCAGCAACAUGACUCUAAUUAACUUGGUGAUAAAGUUGAUUGGACCAACCCCUGAGAGAACGCUGACUCUUUUGCUAUUGCUGAUCCAGGUUGCCGGGAGCAUUGUUGCUUUUUCUAUCCGAUACCAGCUUGUGCGGCUCUUCUACGACAUCUGAGCUCUUCCUGUCUUCCUCGACCUGCAUCCCUGGUGGGUGCUCUGGUUCAGGUGCCUGUGGCAGCCGGCCUGCUUCCCAGAGACAGAAGGCUUUCUUUCAUGGUGGUCUACAGGGCUAUGUGGUGCUUCUUAGCAAAGUUUUGAAAGUAGCCCUCUCAUUACACUAGCAGAUGCAGAAAUGAUUGUAACACUUGUAAAGGGGAGUCUGGAUGUGGAGUAUUGCUCUGUUGUGUGCUCACUGGGGAGGAGGCCAAUUAGGCAGCAAGGGGACGCUGGGCUGCUCAGGCUUGAAAGGCUCUCUGCUAUAAAUCCCCCCCCCCCCCACGCUUUCAGCCUGUUUGCCUGUGCUGUGCCACUAGCCUCAGUGUGCAGGAGUCAGGACUGUUCAGACAAAGAUCCGUGGCUAAUGGCAGUUCCGGGGUGGGGGCUUGUUUUGGUGGUAGGAAUGGUGUCUGGUGAGAAUCAAAGAGGAAUGAUUGGAAAAGCAAAAUUAAAUGAUUGCUUUUGCCUUCUGGGCCCGUGUCAGCCAGCCCUGAGGAGGUGCCCCUGGGCAAAGAAAGACGCCUCCUAGCUUGUUAUAGUUGGGGUUGGGGUGCACUAGAGUUCUUUGAAAAUGGUUAGCCAAACGGCCCUUUUCCUUUACAGCAAAGAGGUGGAAAUCCUCUUCUUCCUCCAUUCAUGGUUCAAAAAAUGAUCUAAAAUAAAUGAUCAACAUCU